GUGUAAAAGGUGAAUGAAAACAAGGGUUUGGGUGAAAAUAGAGAGAAAGGGUAAGGGUUUUUGAAAUGUUGUAAAAUAUAUAUCUAGAAAAAAGGAAGGAAGGAAGGAAGGAACGUGCAUGAUUGUGAUCGGCGUUGAUGAUGAAAACUGGGCGGUCGGCCUGUGUCUACAGUGAGGUUGAGAGUAGCCGCCUUAGAGUCCCCAUUCCUCUUCCCUCCCUGCUCAAAUCUUCUUCUUCUUCUUCUUCUUCAUUUCAUGUCGUCGAUGGCCCCAACACCUCUGCCGCCGCUAAUCCAGAUGAAAUCGCAAAGCUCUUUCCAAACCUUUUCGGCCAGCCAUCAGUAUCCUUCAAAGCAGGAGCAGGAGGCGCCUCAUUACCAAACAAGUCUCUAAACAUUGCUAUUCUUCUAUCCGGAGGACAGGCUCCUGGUGGACACAAUGUCAUUGCUGGAAUUUUCGACUAUUUACAGAAUCGGACUCAAGGCAGCACUAUUUAUGGCUUUCAAGGUGGCCCUGCUGGGAUUUUCAACUCUAAAUAUCUUAUCUUGACUCAUGAAUUUGUCUAUCCUUACAGAAAUCAGGGUGGCUUUGAUAUGAUCUGUACUGGAAGAGACAAGAUUGAAACACCUCAGCAGUUUCACCAAGCUCGGGAAACAGCCAAGAUGCUUGAUUUGGAUGGAAUUGUAGUCAUUGGUGGUGAUGACUCAAAUACAAAUGCUUGCCUGCUAGCCGAAAACUUUAGGGCUAAUGGCUUGAAAACUCGGGUUAUUGGAUGCCCAAAAACCAUUGAUGGUGACUUGAAGUGCAAACAAGUUCCAAUAAGUUUUGGGUUUGACACUGCGUGCAAGAUAUAUUCAGAAAUGAUUGGAAAUUUGAUGGUGGAUGCACGUUCCACUGGAAAAUAUUACCACUUUGUAAGGUUAAUGGGCCGUGCUGCAUCACACAUAACUCUGGAGUGUGCACUGCAGACCCACCCAAACAUAGCAAUCAUUGGAGAAGAGGUUGCCGCCAAAAAGCAGACUCUGAAGAGUGUCACAGAUUAUAUAACAAAUAUAAUCUGCAAACGCGCAGAUGCUGGUUACAAUUACGGUAUCAUCCUCAUACCAGAAGGCCUGAUUGAUUUCAUUCCAGAGGUACAACAACUUAUGGCAGAGCUUAAUGAAAUUAUAGCCCAUGAUGUUAUUGAUCAAGGAGGAUCAUGGAAGAAGAAACUUAGGAGCCAGUCGCGUGAGCUCUUUGAGAUAUUACCAAAAGCAAUUCGGGAACAACUGCUGCUAGAAAGAGACCCUCAUGGAAAUGUGCAGGUCUCCAAAAUCGAAACCGAAAAGAUGCUCAUUCAAAUGGUGGAAGUUGAACUAGAGAACAGGAAAAAGCAGGGUAAAUAUAACAAGGAUUUCAAAGGGCAGCCACACUUUUUCGGUUAUGAAGGCAGGUGUGGUUUACCAUCGAAUUUUGACUCGAACUACUGCUAUGCUUUGGGUUAUGGUGCUGCAGCUCUGCUUCAUGCUGGGAAGACAGGAUUGAUCUCCUCAGUGGCAAAUUUAGGAGCUCCUGUCAAAGAUUGGACAAUAGGUGGAACACCAUUGACGUCUUUAAUGGAUGUGGAGAGGAGACACGGCAAGUUUAAGCCUGUCAUCAAGAAAGCAAUGGUGGAACUCCAAGGUGCUCCUUUCAAAAAAUUCUCGUCUAUGCGUGAGGAAUGGUCUCUAAAGAACCGCUACAUCAAUCCAGGCCCUGUUCAGUUUGUUGGUCCAACAUCUGAUGUUAUCAACCACACCCUAAAGUUGGAACUUGGAUCCCAGGCAUAGGUCGCUUUAUAGAUUCUUUAAUGCAUAACAAGAUUUUACAUUUACAACAAUGUCAUUUUUUAAGUAGAGACAACCUCCGAAGUUUGAAUUAUCGAUCCUCGACAUAAAUGAUCUAACUUGCUAUAAUCAGCCUUUUGAAUGCUUCUUUCGAUUUGAACAUUUUACUCGCACGGGUGAUCCAUAUAGCCACAUACUUGUGUCCAUGGAGGGAUUGUUGAGGCUAAACAACUUUGAAGGGAUAUAACCAAUGUGGGGUAGCCCACUUGGUAGAGACAUAUGGCUCUUAAAGAGGAGGCCCCAGGUUCAAACCUAGACAAGAUAAAUAAUGUUGGGGUAUCCGUUCGUUACCGUUUAAUAUUCAGCAGUUUUCCCGUAAACCACCAUUCGCGUACUGUAAAGUCGGGUAGAUGUUUCUAGACACUCUAAAGGCCUAAUUAAGUUUAUUUCAGUCUUAAAA